AUGUCUUAUCUACCUAUCACUUUGAUCCUCUUCUUAUUUACUUACGAAUCAUCUUCAGCUAUUGAAUCCUCCCUUUCUACAAACUGGGAUUUCCAGCAACUCAAGGAGGCUGAUAUUGAGGGGUUGAUAACAGAUGUCCGCUACAAGAACAUUAUUGACAAAUAUCAAAUCAAAACUGGACACAGAGGUUACCCCGACGUAAAGGACAUCAAACUUUUGAGAGUGGUAAAAGACAGGGUAAAGCAAAACUUGUCGCAACAGAUUUUCCAUACCAAUGUUUCUCAAGGAACAGAGUUUCCAGUGCGCUUUCUCGAUGACGCAGAAGACGAGAGAACGCAUAAACUACACAUUAUAGCCAAAGGCCCCGAAAGUGGUGCAGUUUGCUUUGACGGAACCCCUCCUGGAUUUUAUUUUCGCAGUGGAAAUGGCUCGGGAAAAUCGAAGUGGAUUAUAUAUUUUCAGGGGGGCGGAUGGUGCUACCGUAUCGAGAGAUGUUAUAGAAGAAGUGUGACAGCGCUUGGCUCGUCCAAAUUUUUCCGGAAAACUAUUCUCCUGGAGGGACUCCUUUCCAACCAAGCUAAAUACAACCCCGAUUUUUACAACUGGAACUCAGUCUUUGUGGCAUACUGCGAUGGUGGGUCUUUCACUGGAAAUCGCGAUAAACCAUUGAAAUUUAAAGACAGACUGCUCUACUUCCGAGGUCACCGAAUACUUGAUGUUCUUUUAGACGAGUUGCUCCGGAAAGGUCUCGACAGUGCUUCCGACAUAAUAGUCGGUGGAAGAUCGGCUGGGGCCCUUACUGCCAUCAUACACGCCGACUAUAUCGGGUCGCGUUUACGACGCGCGACGAACGCAUCUUUUCGGGUGCUUUCUGAUGCGGGUUUUGUCUUAGACGAACGCGCGCUGAAUGGCUCUGCAAUGGCACAGUCUAUGUUUCAGCAGCUCUACUCUUUGCAUAAUGCUUCAAAGAGUUUAAAUCGAGCUUGUCUUCGUGCGCAUGG